AUGAAGGUCCUUGUCUUUCUCGCACUUCUCUCUGUCUGCAAUGCCAACGUCCUGUGGCAGGAGCCGCCCAAAACCAGCCUGGACAUGGUGAAAGAUGCUUUCUGGGACUACGUUGCCAAGGCGACACUCACUGCUGAGGACUCUCUGAAGCAGAUCAGACAGUCCGAGCUGGGACAGGAAGUGAACACCAAGAUCGCUCAGAGCGCUGACGCAGUGAACCAGUACGUUGUUACUGUGCGUACUCAGAUGGCCCCUCUGACCCAGAACUUCAUGACUCAGUUCUCCCAGGAGGCCGAGCAGCUGAAGGCUCGUCUGGAGAAGGAUCUGGCUGCCGUGAGCACCAACCUGCAGCCAUACGCCGAGCAGCUGGUGGCUGACCUCCAGAGGCAGGUGGAGGAGCUGAAGAAGGAAGCCGCCCCUUACGCAGAGUCCAUGGACCCAGAGGCCCUGAAGGCAGUCCUGCUGCAGAAGAGCCAGGAGCUGAAGGCACAGGUGGAGAAGAACGUGAACGAGCUGCAGGCCCAGAUGGUCCCCUACACCGAGGAUAUGAAGGAGAAGAUGGAGCAGAGCCUGGAUGAGUUUCAGAAGAGCAUGAUGCCCCUGGCCCAGAACUUCCAGACCCAGCUGACCCAGAAAACCCAGGAGCUCCAGCAGAGCCUGACCCCCUACGGAGAGGAGCUGAAGGCCAAGCUGGACACCAGUGCUCAGGACCUGCAGGCUCAGCUGGCUGCUCUCUGGGAAUCCUUCACCCAGAAGACCCAGUAA